UAUUGGACAGUUUCUUUUGUAUAUUAUAUGACUUUAUAAACUCCAACAACAAUGUGCUUCUAUUUUUUGUUUCAGGCUAAAUCUACCCAAGACGUUGGCUGUCAGACUGAUUUAGUAAUCUGCAAAAAUGCACUUGUCCAGGCUCAUGUAAAGCCUUAUCGACGUAGCAAAGCCACACAGUUUAGAGCUCCCAGCCGCAGUGUGUCUUGUGACACAGGUACCGUGACGGAAAUUCAUCUUCCACAAAGUCCCAGAGCUGCGUCCACACCCCUGAAAAGACCACGAUAUGAGGUGUCUGUUGUUGAUCCCAGCUUCCACCUCAAUGACAGUGCAAGCUCAGUGAACUGUUCAAGCUCUUUCACUGAGGUCCAUCCACAAAAGGACAAGAAGUACAUUGUUCAUGAGAAACAGUUGCUGGGGCUGUUCAGAAGGUGUCCCGUUUGUACCGGUCGUUGUGUUGUGAACACGACAACAGUCGGCACACUGCUCCGUGUGACACAACGGUGUUCAUGCUGUGAGCACUACAAUGAAUGGUCCAGUCAGCCCAUGGUGAACAGCAUCCCAGCAGGAAACCUCCAGCUCUGUGCUGCUGUCCUUUUCACAGGCUCAUCAUUUAGCCAGAUUUCUAAGUUCCUGGGUGCCUUCAAUGUGCAGGGACUGUCCAAGCAGUCAUUCUGUCGGCAUCAGGCAAAGCUCUUAAUUCCAACAGUGAGCUGGCAGUGGCAGCUAGAGCAAGCUGAUAUCAUCCAGGAGGCUACUGAAUCUGGACCUGUGACUCUUGGUGGUGACAUGCGAGCUGAUUCACCUGGACACUCAGCCAAAUAUGGCAGCUACACCAUGAUGGAUCUCAAAAGAAACAAAGUUAUUGAUAUCCAACUUGUACAGAGCAAUGAAGUUGGGAAUAGUGUGCGAAUGGAGAAGGAGGGAUUUGUGAGAAGUCUGAGCACACUUUUGGAGAGGGGGGUCGAUGUGCAGCAAGUCGUGACUGACCGCCACACAGGAGUGCAGAAGUAUUUGAGGGAGGAAAAAAAGGAAAUCAGUCACUACUUUGACCCCUGGCACAUGGGAAAAGGAAUUGGUAAGAAAAUCGAAGAGCUGGGGAAGAGAAAGACGACCCAGGAUGUGAGACUGUGGAAGCAAAGUGUGGUGAACCACCUCUACUGGUCAGCAUCCAGUUCCUCCUCAGGACAGGAGGCAGUUGCAAAGUGGACUUCAGUUGCCAGCCACAUCCAAAAUGUGCACAGCCAUGACAACGCCCUGUUCCCUAGCUGUCUGCAUGCACCUCUGGAUGGAGAACAGGCAAGACAGUGGCUCAAACCAAGCACAGCAUCAUGUGAGAAGCUCACUGCCAUUCUGUUAGCUCCACGGUUUGUGAAGGACGUAGAGAAGAUAAGCCCUCAGUACCACACAUCCACCUUGGAGGCUUUCCACAGUCUCAUCAUCAGAUUUACUCCAAAAAGUCAAGUCUUCUCCUUCAAAGGAAUGCUGUCUAGAUUACAAAUUGCUGCAAUGCACUAUAAUGAAAAUGCAGCACGCUCACAUGCAGCAACAGCAACUGGUGAGCUGAGAUAUGCUGUAGUGUACCCAAAGUACAAACGUGGAGACUACACAGUGAGAGCCCUGAAGACCAAUCCAACCUCAUUAUAUGUGCACAAGCUUAUGGACCUGCUGUUCGACUCUGUGGUGGUGGAUCCUCUCCCAUAUCAGGAGUACUCGGACAAAAUUACGGUUCCAGAACCGCUCUGUGCCCAGUUCCAAAGACCAGAUAAACGGGAUGCUGUGAGCAGGCACAGGUCCAGGUUUUAAAGUGCACGUCAGGUGAGCUACACAGGAGAUUGUAAUUAUUAGUUAGUACUCUACUCUGUGUGGUUUCUCCUUUUCUCCUCCUCAGCCAGGCUGCACACCACUGUACGACAGAGGAGUUACCUGUCGUCAUUAUGGAUCUUUAUGCUCAUCCACUCGUGACUCAUGCUGUCCACCUCCCAGAUGUCUAUUGAUCUCUACAACCUUUCUGCUCUGUGGCUCCCAUACAACUUGAAAAUCUUGGCCGUAUGUAACAUAGCAAAACUCACCAGUCUUGCUUUUGUAAGUCAUACUAGUCAUACUAAUAUUACUUUUUCCUUAGAGCCUCCUGAUCUUGUAACAGAAAAACCUGUGCUCCCGGGAUCCAUCUCCACGUUUGUCAUCACAGUGAAAGCUACCUCCAGUCUAAGGAACCUAUGAAACAUCACUGUUGGCCCAACCUCUCCUCACAUGGCUCCAGAAUCUCUGCUUGUGGUUUAGAGUUUUGUCAAAAAUCUUGAAAGUUAUGAUCAGAUUGUUAUCUAACAUUGUCUUAGUAGUAGCUAUAAUAAAUGUUAUCUUUAAAGCGCAAUUGUGUCUUUUUAAAUACAAUUAUAUUGAUAUUUUGAUGUGUAUAAAUACAUAUAUCACAUUUAUUAUCAUUCAUUUUUACCUAAUUGAACCU